CUGCAAAAGGUACACUUCAGUUUAGGGCAUUACACAAGACGUGAUGAUGCCUUAGAUACCGGUACACCUUUGACACGUUUCAAGGCCUGAUCUGAUUACUGACAGCAUAUAUUCUAUCAUCUUCCAAAUUCAGAUCUGAAAAUCUGGACAAAGGACCUGUGAGGCUUUAGGACCUCAGAGAAGCAAGCUCACUUCCGAACCUCUGGUCAUUUGAUCCAGUGGGAGGUCUCUGCCUCAGCUUCCCAAGGAAAAUCCACACGUCCUCAUUUGAAUAUUCCGGCACAAACUUCCAGAACUUUCUUCCCAGCAGUAUAUAAACAUCUAGAAACCGUUAGUUUGCAGCAGGUCAGCGCGAGAUAAGAAGAUCAGAGUCAGAGCAUCAGAGCAGCUGUGAAAAAAUGAAAAUCGAAAUCUUUGACAACACUAUGAAAACCUUUCAAGUUUCUCAAACUUGCCCAAAUACAAAGCAAGAAUGUGGGUGACCAACCUCGUUACUCUGUGCCUUUUGGCCGUGGCUUCCUCAGCUGAGGAAAAGAAACUCAGCACCCAUGCGACUUCCCUGGCCGACACUAGCAGCCAACUUGCUUUCAACCUGUACCAUACCUUGGCCAAAGACAAGGAUCUGGACAACAUCCUGAUCUCCCCUGUGGUAGUCGCAUCCUCUCUGGGCUUGGUUGCCCUUGGAGGAAAGUCCUCCACUGCCUCACAGGUCAAGACUGUCCUAAAGGCAGAUGCGCUGAAAGACGAGCAUCUGCACACAGGACUGUCCGAACUACUGAAUGAGGUCAGUGACCCUGUGGCCCGCAAUGUCACCUGGAAAAUCAGCAACAAGCUGUAUGGCCCCAGUUCUGUCACCUUCGUCGAUGACUUUGUGAAGACCAGUAAGAAGCACUACAAGUACGAUCACUCCAAGAUCAACUUCCGUGACAAGAGAAGUGCGAUCAAGUCCAUCAAUGACUGGGCUGCCAAGUCCACCAAUGGCAAGCUGCCAGAAGUCACCAAGGAUGUGAAGAAUACAGAUGGUGCCAUGAUAAUCAAUGCCAUGUUCUUCAAACCUCACUGGGAUGAGCAGUUUCAUCAUAAGAUGGUUGACAACCGUGGGUUCCUUGUGUCCAGUUCCUUCACUGUGUCUAUCCAAAUGAUGCAUCGAACAGGUCUUUAUGGCUUCUAUGAGGACAAAGAGAACAAGCUUUUUGUGCUCAAUAUGCCUCUGGCCCACAAGAAAUCCAGUGUGAUUUUCAUCAUGCCCUAUCAUGUGGAGCCCCUGGAGAGGUUGGAGAAGCUUCUGACACGGGAUCAGCUGAACACCUGGAUGAGCAAGUUGCAGGAAACAGCAGUGGCCAUUUCUCUGCCUAAAGUCAGCAUGGAAGUCAGCCAUGAUCUCCAGAAACACCUGGGAGAAAUUGGUCUCACAGAGGCAGUGGACAAGUCCAAGGCUGAUCUGUCCAACAUCUCUGGCAAGAAAGAUCUCUACCUUUCUAAUGUGUUCCAUGCAUCUGCUUGGGAAUGGGACACAGAUGGUAACCCAUUUGACACCAGCGUUUUUGGUACAGAAAAGCUCAGGAACCCCAAGCUGUUCUAUGCUGACCAUCCAUUCAUCUUCCUGGUGAAGGACAACCAGACCAACUCCAUUCUCUACAUUGGUAGACUGGUUAGACCAAAGGGUGAAAAAGUGAGAGAUGAAUUGUAGUUUGAAUUUGGUGAUUUAAAAAAUAGCCUUUUUGUUUUUCAAUUGUCAUUGAUAAUUUUUACAAUUUGUAUUUUUUAAUGGUAUUACGGUUACCUCAUGAACACAAUCCAGCAGAUUGUUUGUAGUUACAAUAAAUCCAGCAUUUCCCCCAAGUAAACUACCAAACCUAUACAGUAACCAGAAUAUGGCGAAAGAAUUCCACUUGAGAGAUUAGAUCAUCAGUUUAUCCACAGGUUUGACAUCAUCUGGACCAUGUGCCUUAUUUAAUUAUUAAAUUGUCCAUCAGAAUAGAUGCUAUACUUAUAUUAAGUAUAUUAGCAUUCAUGUCAGCCUGUGUGAUUGUGAUAUUUAUAGUUGUGUCUGAAAUUGUUGCUGUUUUAUCUUUCUAAUCUCCUGAGUUUAUGUGACAGCUGUGUGGGUUCUUUGACUUAUCUUUAAUGUUUAAAGAGAAAAGGAUUUUUAUACAAAUGUUCUUCAAAUGCUCAUGUCUGUCAUACACACUACCACAAUGCAAAUCAGCCAUUCGAUUUCACUGCCUUGCCUUCUGCACUGAUGCCCUGAUGAGGUCAGUUGAUAUAUUGUGUUCCAAAUCAUGUUUCCUGAACAAAAGCUGUGUUGUGUUCAUUCUCUCUCUUUUUUUCCCAAUAAACUAAAAGUAAAACAA